AUGGACAAGAAAUCAUCUCCGAAGUCUAAUGACGAUAUCACAGAGCGAAACGAGCCUUCUACUACUUUUAUUAAGUCGCCUCAUCGGCUCAAAGAACUUCUACAAGAUCUCGACAAGCUCCCAACCAAGUCGCCCUCAAUCUACAUUGAUGGAACGGGUUUGGGCCAAGAUGAAUUAAUCGACCUUCAGCUUUGGAUUCCUUCCACCAACAAACUCUACAACAUCAGUCUCAGACAUCUUGGUGCGACAGCUUUGUCCUCUGUCGAUGACAAUUUGCCAUCUCUCCGCACUAUUCUGGAGUCAGAUGUUGUCCCAAAAGUCGGGUUUGAUAUCCGCGGACUAUCCAGACUAUUGUAUAGUCAAUUCAAUGUAUCCCUUGAAGGGAUUUGUGAUCUGCAACUUAUGGAGCUUGCCAGCAGAGAUGAUGGGGAGUCCAAGAAGUUUCUCGCAAGUUUCACAAAAUGCAUCAACGAGGAUGUUCCAAGCACCAACUCUACCAAGAUUCGAUGGCUUACCCCCGGUGACACAACCAACAUGCACAUGUUCAACUCGGCGGGCCAUGUUUCUCGAAGGACCAUGCGACGAGUCGAGUUGUUCCCUACUCUAUGGGCAAUCUAUAGACGUAAACUCGACGCACCAAGCCAGGCCUUCUGGCUGGCAUCUGUUCGAACCGAGUCUCGCGAACGAGUUAGCGAAAGUAAGGGAACACCAAAAAGACCAUUCGGGCAGCAUUUGGGCCCGGCGGAAUGGUGGAAUGCCAAGCUGAGACAGGCUGCCAUGGACGAAUGGCUUGAAAAUGGUUCCGAUGACGUAUUUCUUGGAGAUAUGGGACUCAAUGAUGAUGCCAAAUGA